AUGAUAAGUGACUCCAUUUCCUUUGAAAAAGAACUGGAAAUCAAAAAAAAGAGAGAGUCUAGAAAAGAGAGAUCUAAAUUUGAUGACAUUAUGUAUUAAAUCUAUUUCUAACUUCAGAGAAGAAAAUGAAAAUUAGAAAAUGACAUGCUACGAAAGUACUCUCAAUUGUCUUGGUUCAUGUUUUGGGACUCUAAGAGCAUGGAUGCCUUGCUGUUUUUGUUGUUGUCCUUAUCCAUAUUAUCUCAUAACACAAGGAUAGAAAGGAUUAUUACAGAAAUUUGGCAAAUAUCAAAGAACUUUGGAGUCUGGGCUUCAUGAAAUAAACCCGUAAUUUAUUUAUUCUUUAUUCCUCCUUAGAUUUACCGAUAGAGUGAUUCCUGUCAGCACCAAGACUUUGUAUAAUUAUCAAUUUAUAUUUCAGUAUCAUAGAUUUAGAAAGAUAACUUGUCUUAACCAAGGAUAAUAUAACUGUCAAUAUUGAUACUAUUGUUUACUAUCGAGUUGUGGAUGUCAUGAAGUCUGCAUAUAGAGUUAAAAUGAUCGUUGAAGCAGUCAAGGAAAUCACUUAUGCUGUAAUCAUGCAUCCUUCUAUUCCCAUAGACUUUGCGUACCAUUUGUGGAGAACACACCUUGUAGGACAUUAUUGAGAAUAGAUAGAAGAUAGCCGACGAAAUUGAAGCAUUCAUUUUUGAUGUGGUUUCUGAAUGGGGUAUUCAUUUCCUAUUAUUAAGGUAUAUAUUUGGAGCAUAUUUUCAUUAAGGAUAUGUUAAUGAAUGAAGAAUUGCAAAGCUCAUUAUCUAAUGCUCCCAAAGCUUAAAGACUUGCUUAAUCCAAAAUUAUUUCAGCUCAAGUAUUUUUGAUAUCAUACUUAUAGAGUGAUGUAUCUGCUGCCAAACUAUUGAGAGAAGCUGCUGAUAUGUUGGACUCUAAAGCUGCUAUGUAGAUCAGGUAUUUUGAAACUGUGUAAUUGAUUGCCAAAAAUAAAAAUCCAAAAAUACUUUUUCUAUCUAUGGAUUAAUAAAAUCAAAAAAAAUGA